ACCAAUCUUCGAAAAUCCCCUCAGCGUCUAAAGACCUCGUUAUCAACAUCCCAACAUACAGACUUCAAUGCCUCACCAAUAAGCGCUCGCGCGCCAGCCUCCAACAACAAACCCUCGUCGGUCAAGAAUAGCCCCAGCGCUAAAACACCAGGCCUCCCUCUGCCAACUCUGCAUCAACACCAAACAAUUGGUUCAAACGUUUUCGGCCCCAUACCCCGUUUUGUAAAGCGAUAAGGCAGACUAUGACGUACUGUCCCUUGCAUAUCAAUAUUGUUGGCUUUCCAGGUUGUGUUCAAGUCGUAUGAGAACGGAUAUGAGGCAUCGACGUCGUCGUUGUCGUUUUCGAUUGCCUUUACGCGUCUACAGGAAUCUUUUCGAUAGCUGCAUCGGACCAACUCGACGUGAAUAUAGCAAACAUCAUGGGCUGCGAAAUAUCCAAAUCCUCUUCCACGGAGCCUGGAUCCGGGAAUCAAAAUAACUCGAAUUGCGAGAACUGCAAAGAUUGCCAAAACUGUAGUAAUUGCAAAGAUUGCAAUAACUGCCAGAACUGCGAAUCUUGUACAUCAUGUUCAGGGUGCCAGAACUGCACGAAUUGCACCGAUUGCGACGGUUGUCAGAAUUGCACGGGGUGUACUGAUUGCAUUGAGUAUGUAAUUUGACUGUAAGGAGCAUGCAGAGAAAAUGUACUAACGUGAGGCACAUAGCUGCACGAAUUGCACAGAUUGUAGUGGAUUGAAAAAUGCGCAUAAUGAGACGGGGGUGCAUAAAUGAGAGGGAGAGAGUUUUCAGAGUAAACAGAGUAUUGUUACACAGCUUUACCGAUUGAGCGAAAUUGCAAAAGUAGAUUUCCCGCGUGAAUAUCCAUAAAU